CCGCGUUCGCUCCGGGCCGCUCAGGCCCCCCGCCCGCUUCAUGUGGCCCGGCCCGCGGCGGCCGGCGGCAGGGAGCGGUGAGGCGGCGGCUGGGAGCGGCGGCCGAAGAGGCCCGGGAGGUGGUGGCCGAGGCCCAGGCAGCGGCGGCGGCCCAGGAGGCGGCGGACGGGGAGCGGCGGGAGCAGGCCCGGCCCGGCUCGCCAGCGGCUGCCCGGCUGCAGCAUGCGCGUCCGCCGGGGGCUGCUGCGGCUGCCGCGCCGCUCGCUGCUCGCCGCGCUCUUCUUCUUCUCGCUCUCGUCCUCGCUGCUCUACUUCGUCUAUGUGGCGCCCGGCAUAGUGAACACCUACCUCUUCAUGAUGCAAGCUCAAGGCAUUCUGAUCCGGGACAACAUGAGAACAAUUGGCGCUCAGGUCUAUGAGCAGGUGGUUCGGAGCGCUUAUGCCAAGAGGAACAGCAGCGUGAAUGACUCAGAUUAUCCUCUUGACUUGAACCACAGUGAAACCUUCCUACAAACCACAACGUUUCUUCCUGAAGACUUCACCUACUUUGCAAACCAUACCUGCCCCGAGAGGCUCCCUUCCAUGAAGGGCCCAAUAGACAUAAACAUGAGCGAAAUCGCAAUGGAUGACAUCCAUGAAAUCUUCUCUAAAGACCCAGCCAUCAAGCUUGGAGGUCACUGGAAGCCUUCAGAUUGCAUGCCUCGAUGGAAGGUGGCGAUCCUCAUCCCUUUCCGCAACCGCCACGAGCACCUCCCGGUCCUGCUCAGACACCUAAUCCCCAUGCUUCAGCGGCAGCGCCUGCGGUUCGCGUUCUACGUGGUCGAGCAGGUUGGCACCCAGCCCUUUAAUCGAGCCAUGCUUUUCAACGUUGGUUUUCAAGAAGCAAUGAAGGAUCUGGACUGGGACUGUCUUAUUUUUCAUGACGUGGAUCAUAUACCAGAAAGCGAUCGGAACUACUAUGGAUGCGGGCAGAUGCCCAGGCACUUUGCAACGAAGUUGGACAAGUAUAUGUAUCUGCUUCCUUACACCGAGUUCUUUGGUGGAGUGAGCGGCUUAACAGUGGAACAGUUUCGGAAGAUCAAUGGCUUUCCGAACGCUUUCUGGGGUUGGGGUGGAGAAGACGACGACCUGUGGAACAGAGUACAGAAUGCAGGCUACUCUGUGAGCCGGCCAGAAGGUGACACCGGGAAGUACAAGUCUAUUCCUCAUCACCACCGAGGAGAAGUCCAAUUUCUUGGAAGGUAUGCUCUGCUGCGCAAGUCCAAAGAACGGCAAGGGCUGGACGGCCUCAACAACUUGAACUACUUUGCAAACAUCACAUACGACGCCUUGUAUAAAAACAUUACUGUCAACUUGACACCCGAGCUGGCUCAGGUGACCGAGUACUGAGAUGAGGAGAGAACCUAUGUUUGCUUUACCCACCGCCACCAAGAAAGCAGCCUGGGGAGAGGUCUUGGGGCUCUACACAGGAAGAGAAUAGAAAUACGGCGUCUGGUGAAGGGUCACAGGGUUCGAGGAGAAAAUGUGAACAGAGUACACGCACACAACGCCUUCACUGUGGCUGGGACCACCCUUCAUCAGGACUGGCUUUCUGUUUUCACAAGGCGGACGUCGGUCCCGCUGCUCUUCUCCCCCGGUCUAGAACCCCAGCGUCCCGUCCCUGCCGGGAUCUCCAGGAUAGGAACCGACAUCCGCCGGGGUCCCCGCGCCGAGCCUGUUGCUACGAAUGGCCUUUGGAGCUUCUCGGCCUUCAGAGCAAAGAGGCAACCCCACCACAGGGCAGCUGUGUUUUAGGAAGAGCAAGUGAAACUCCACACACCAUUCUUCUCCAUCUCUGGUGUUCUCUUUGGUUUCAAUUUUCUUUUUCUUUUCUUUUUUUUUUUUUUUUUUAAUUACCUGCUUUGGGUGGGGAUUGAGGGUGGGGGGAGGGAGUGGGGAAGAUAAAUAGACCUAUAACAAUCACUUCUUGAAGAAGUAUAAUUGUAAAUAAGCCAUGUAAAAUGCCUUUUUUAAAUUUAAUUUUAUAGCUGGCUCCAAUUCAAACAGGAUUUAUAUAUUAGAUCACUCACUUGGUUGGCAAAUGCAGGGACUCAGUUAAAAUGCAGUAGAAGGCUGUCACCUCCCAGAUUUCUAUCACUUUGGAGGGGAGUGGGUAUAGGGCAUGUCACAAACAGAUGGGGACAGUCCAGUCUGUCACUGGUCACUGACUCCUGUCCCCUCCCUCCCUCUUCCAGAAGUCUUGCUCUUGACUUUGCUGUGGACUCUGUCUUCCCUGUUGGGCACAUAUGCUCUCAUCCCAGUCUUCUGCUACACAGGACCUCUCCCUGCUCAAAGCAGACCCCUUCAGGGGGCCUCCUGUGCACACGCCCCUGGAUCUCUGGACUUAAGUUUUUGUCCUUUCAUCACCGAGAGUGGUGGGGUCGGGUGGGUGGGUUUUCGGCCUCUUCUCCCCCCCCCCCCCACUUUUUUUUUUUUUUGCUCUUGUGGAACUUGGCCACAAUUCCUGAAAUCUGUGCCUAAAUUAUCAACUAGCUUCAGUGAUUCCUCUGAAUUUUUCCCUUUUUGGUUUCUGGGAAGAUUCUUUGUCAACAUUGUGAACUAGUUCAUAGAACUAAUGAGCGAUGGACUGAAGAAGUCAGCCAGGGAGCAGGUGAUACUUGUGUGCUGUGGCUCAGCUGGGGGCCAGGGGGAGCCCAGUCAGAGCUGUGUGGGUAGACAGAGCUCCCGGAUGCCAGGACCCAAGCCUGAGUGCUGGGUUCACACCUCAUGCACUUCUUGAAGUUAGAUUCUAAAUUGCCCUUGAAGUUGUGCCUCUCUGUUUUUCCCUGAGCCACAUCCCUCCAUCCAUAGUCCCUCUUGGUUUCUGUAGGAUUCUGAAAAAUGCCAGUCUUUUCCUCUCCUCUUCCAUAAAGCAUAUUUAUAUAUUGUGAUUAGGAGUACUUUCUGAAAAGUACUUCAUAUUUUUUUUAAUUGCCUUGUUUGCCUUCAACUUCCUUAAUUUUCAUGGUUUACAUGGAUGUGUGUGUAGGGAUAUAUUUGUGUAUAUACAUGUGGGUUGGGGUUUUCACCGUUGCAUGUGUUGGUUCCGUGGACAUAUGAUCCCCACAGGCUGUGGGAGUGAUUGGCCAGGCCUUGUUUUUUGUUCAUGCUUUUGUUCUUUUGAAGAAUAGAGCGGUGUUGUAGAAAACCAGCUGCAUUACAAAGCUCUUAUCGGCUCAUAUGAGAGAGCAGGCUGCUGCCCUUGAAGAUGCUGGUAAGUCGUAUCACGUGUUUUAAAAGAACGUUGAGCAUCUCAUGCUAUAAAAGACCUUCAUGAGGGAACAGUACACACAGGAGCUCACUUGGUUUUCCUUUGAAGUCUGAUGCCCAGAGCAAUAAAGAUUUCUUUCCCCUUUUCUCCCACCUCCCCUCAAGCCUGUGUGCUGGCCUCGACUCUGCCCCUCCUCCUGUCCUCUCUCAGCCCCGAAGGCCGUGAGCGGCUUUCAAUGGGACACAGCCAUGACGUCAUUUGGAAGAAUUUGCCAGCACGGAGCCAUCCUUGGUUAAGGAUGCCGUGUGUGUACACGGCCGUGUAGUAAAAUGGUCUUGUUCGAAGCUUUUCACGAACAUACGUGCCACCAAGAACAAAACGUUGGCAAAAGGCUACCCAGCUGAUUUUAAAAAGAAAACGCCGAUUUGAGGCCAAAAGGAAGGUGUCUUUUCACUCCUUGAGGUAGGGUCACUGAAAUUACUUUGCGAUCAAGUGUGAGUUUGUCUUAUUAGUGGAGACACCCUCCUGCGCACCGCCCCGUCGUUCACCCGCCAAGCUAUCAUGUGGGAAACGUGGAAGUUACAGCCAGGCCCGUGAGCUGUUAGUGGUGUGAGAUUCUCAUGUUUAACAAAAAAAAAAAAAAAAAAGAAAAGGAUAAUAAGAACCAAAUGUGACCUUGUGCGUAUUUUGGCAGCUGAAAUUCUUUCAAGGCUACUGAUGGGUGAACUGUUCCGUCAGUCCCGUCUCAGCUGCGUGCAGGGAAACGUUUGUCCUUUCACGCUGUUUUUCUGAGCAAGGAGUUAACUGCAAAAAUACUCCUUUUGACGUGACAGGGGCUCCUGUUGGAGCUCCUCUGUCUACCACAGUCACGAGUAGCUGAGCAACAGCCACCUGUCCCGAUUGUGCCCGCUCUCCGUGGACGAUGGCAUUGAACGUAGCUAGCUUCCUUCCAUCACGAUGUUCUUUUUGAGCUUGCUCUUAUGUUUUAAGAGGUGCCAGGGGUACAUUUUUGCACUGAAAUCUAAAGAUGUUUUAAAAACACUUUUCACAGAAAUAGUCCUUUGUCAUUACAUUAUUUACUCAUGUGUUUGUACAUUUUUGUAUGUUAAUUUAUGAAUGAUUUUUUCAGUAAAAAAUACAUAUUCAAGAACCAAA